UCUCUUGCCAUGUCAUAACCUAUUCAGUGGACACACAAUUGAGAGGCAUGAUCUUCCUUUCCUCUUUCCUUCUACAAUGACUUGGUGACUGCAUUUGAAAUUCUGUGACAUGGAAUAAAUGUAUGGAGCACAUAGAAUCAUGUAAAUGUAUUCUCAAUGAAGUAUAUUUGUACAGUUCAGUCAGUCUCACCAUUUCUAUUACAUACAUAUGUGGGAUACUUUAGGAUACAAUGACCUAUGAGGAUGUGCAUGUGAACUUCACUCCUGAAGAGUGGGCUUUGCUGAAUCCUUCCCAGAAGAGUCUCUAUGAAGAAAUGAUGCUGGAAACCUGCAGGAACCUCACUGCUAUAGGCUACAAAUGGGAAGACCAGAAUAUCGAAGAACAUCGACCAAGUUCUAGAAGACAUGAAAGGUAUCUCAUCUGUCCUUCUGGCUACAAACCAUUUGAACAUAAGGGAUAUGGGAAGAAGCAAUGUACCCCUCUCUCUCCUACAACAGUUAGAAGAUAUGUCGGAGUGCCCACUAUGAGUAGACUUGGUGAAUGUGAUACAAGUUUACAAUUAAUUGGUUUUCCAACUACACUGGGAAUACAUCAACAAACUCACACUGGAAAAAAGCCUUAUGAUUACAGGAAUGUGGGAAUUCUUCUGUCUGUACUGGUUCACUUUGCAAAUGUAGUGUGA